AUGUCUGAUACUUGCUUUUUGCCCUUCACUUUCACAUUAAUAUUAACUAUGGAAUAUCGGAACGAGAGAUCUCAGUCAGAAUUUUCAACUAACUCCUACAACCAGCGACUUACCUACACAACCCAACUAAAUGACGAUCUCAAGCGUGACCUUCCCAAUUUUGUGCUUCGUGACCUAAUUGACAAAAAUUAUGAAAAGAGAAAACAAGCAGGCCACGAACUUCAAAAAAUUUUCAAGCAGCAAGUCGACUCUUCAAACUUCGCCAGCAUCAAAUCUGCAAUAGAAUUUUUCCGUCAAGAAUACUUAAACUCCAUCAAUGACGUCUUUCGUAAAGCCGGCUUGAUGGCUUAUUCUGCAAUUGCAUCAUCCCUUGCAGCUGACAAAGAAGCUGACACUUAUAUUCCAGACCUGAUUGGUCCUGUGAUUUGGUGCUGCAGAGAUUCUGACUCCAAAGUCCGUUACUAUGCAAUAGAGUCUAUGUAUAAUAUAGUAAAAGUUUGCCGUCAAAAGGUUUUACCCCUGUUUUCAGAUGUAUUUAAGUCUAUGAUUGAUUUAUUUGCAGAUGUAGACCUUGAAGUAAAGCGAGCUGCAGAGAAGCUUGACAGUUUAUUGAAGACAAUUUUAGUUGAAUGUGAAGCAGACAGCUCGGUUUUUAAUUCAGACAAGUUCAUGGGCGUCAUGAGUGAAAUGGUGUCAGGGGCUGGGAACCCAAAUGUCCAGCAGAUGCUGGUGUCGUGACUUGGGGUGCUUGACUCAAUACCUAACUUCAAUUUAUUAGAGUAUUUAUCAAAUUUUAUUGAAGGGUUAUUCAUGAUGCUAAAAAGUCAUAUAAAAGAAGUCCAACAGGCUGUUUAUAAUUUUUUAAAAGAUGUACUAGAAGAAAUCAAACAGCAAAUUUCACAAGGAGAUGUCGCAUUUUCGUGCUUUGUAAUUGAAGCAAUGGUAAAGAUGGUAAAAGAUGAAAACACAGUUGUAAGAAGUGAAGCAAUUACGUGGAUUUAUGAACUGCUAGAGAAAGGGAAAAACAGCCUUGUCCAGCAGUUUCCUAACGCCCUGAAAGCAGUUUUACAAUGUUUAUCAGAUUCUGAGAACUUUAUAGUGGAAAAAGGUGAAAAAACCAAUUCAAAACUGAUGGAACUUUGUAAGUUUUUUAAUUCUGAAAGCGGGCCAUCGUUAAAUUUCGAUGGACUUGUAAGUGUUUUAGUGUCGAAAAUUGACCACCAGUCUAAAAGGACUAGAAUUGCAGUGCUUGAAUGGAUAAUUACCUUGCAAACGAUCAGCAAUGAAUCAAUUGAGUCAUCUCUCGACAUUUUAAUGGACACCUUGCCUUCAAGACUGCUUGACCCUGAAGAGUCCAUUAUAAACCAAGCUUUGCUUAUUUUAUGCAAAAUUGCUCGAUAUAAAGGCUACUUUAAUCUUGUCAUGAGCUGCAUUUUACGCUUAUUUUCAGAAAAAAUGAGCCUUAUGGAAACCAAUGGCUCCACAAUUGUGAAAACAAUUUGCAUUGAGCUUGGAACUGAAACGGUAUAUAGAAGCUUUGCUGAACUUUUGUGUGAGGACGCUAAUAAAGAAUUUACUAUAAAAAUGGUAGAAGUUUUAAGUGAUCUGUUGCUAACUGACCAAGAAUUCGAAAUCCCAAGAGAAAAACUAAAGCACUGCUUAGAGACUGAAGACUCAAAUUGCAUUGAAUUUUUUGAAAUUUUGUUUAAGACGUGGUCAGUUAACCCUGGGUCCACCCUUACAUUGGCAUUAUUGGUGCAGGCUUAUAAACUAGCGUAUGAGAUGCUGCAUAUUUUGUAAUUGUAAUUUAGAUCGCUCUGUAAUAUUGACCCUUCUCUAUUAAAGCAACUUGCUAGGCUUGUACAAUUGUUAGACUCUCCUAUUUUUGUUCGUAAGAAAUAUGCAGAUCUAAGAAUGCAAAUGCUGGAAUAUUAUAAGCAUCCAUUUUUGCUGACUUCUACCCUUAAAAUCGUUGAAAAGUUGCAUAUUUUAGGGAAAUUAGCCCCUUAAGAGCUAGGGGAAAAAAAAGAUAAAAAUUUUGUUUUUAUAUAUAAUAUUAAUGUUUUAACGAGAUCUCUUUCUAAUUUUAUUUAAUUUAAGACAGCUUUAACAUAGUAAAUAAAUUAAUUUAAGUUUUUAAAAAACUAUUAACAAUCUUGGAUGCAUUAAAACAAUUUUAAUAUAAAAUUUACCUUUAAGAGAGCAAAAAAUCUUCCUCGCUCUUAAAUCGGGAGUGAGAGCAUUGUAUGCGAUUUUAAUGUUUUUGCCACCAUCAAGAGCAUAUCAAACUUUACAGCACCGAUUAGAGGAUAUUAGUGCCCUGCAUAGAAACUACCCACAGCAGGAUGAAGAGAAACUAACGAAAACGAGGCUUUUAAAAUACGAUGCCCUCAUUAAGAGAUUCCAAGAUGUCAACUUGCCAGCACAUAGAAAAGAUUUAAUGACAAAAGUGAAUGCAGAAGAAACUAAUAUUUAA